UGUGUCGAAUUCUGAAGUAAUCGACAAAAUCUGAUGCAUAUUAUAUUCUCAUAUUUUUUUACGUAAUCCUGCAGAUAAUUUUUAUUCUGCAGAACCGUAUGUUCAUAAUUGUUCUGCAGAAAUCGCUCCACCUAAAAUUUGCCUGCGUAAAAUCGGCCCAAAUUUCUGCAGGAAACCCGUUCAAAUUUUUACUCCCAUUUUACCUCAAUAACAACGUGAUAUUGGAUGAACCUACGUAAAAAGCAAGUGAUAUGCAAUGAGACAAAACCAAUUUGGUAUUGGAGGUGGUGGAGUAUGAGACUGGAUUGGAUUUGGAUUCAUUUGGUUACGAGAGAGAGAAUCACAUCACCUUAUUCACCAAGUUUACUACCAGCGAGCGAAGAGGCCAAGCUGGGAGAUCAGUGUGUAACGUGCUCUUGCCAAGACGAGAGAGAGAAGGGAAAUGUUGGACGACUACUAAGUUUUAUUUACGCUGCUCUUCCACAUCCAACUAAAAUCCGAUCCGUCCAACAUCCUCCCCGAAUUCGGAUCGAUCCCUCCAACUCACUGAAACUGCCUGCUCACCCUGUCUGCUUUUCACCCAGAGCCAGGAAGGAAGAACCGGAUAGGAGGGCGAAGGAAUAAGAACUACUCCAACUUACUUAGUCAUCAGCACGUCACCCAUACUCCACUGCCUUAUCAACUUUAUCGUUUAAUAUUUACUACUAGUGUUCAGUUAAUAAUUAGGGAAAGAAAAAACUAUUUGUAAAGAGAAAGUUUCUCGUGCCUUAAAAAUUGUGACUUUCAUAAAUCCGCGUAUGUACAAAACAGGAACGAGUUGGAAAAAAUUGUUAAUAAAAAAUACCAAUCAUUACUAAAUAUCAAGGUGCUUUACGUAAGAAUUAACUGAUCCAAUCUGAUGGUGGGGUGUGGACGAGGAAAAUUUAUAAUUACUACUUUUUGUUGACGAAGUUUCAUACAUACAUGAAAGGAAGUCAUCGUUAAGUAAACGAGAUUGAUGCUGAUAAAAAGACAGAUUUUCUCAUCUACAGAAAUUUUUGAUUGCCCUAUCCUAUCAGCCUUGAAGUUGCCUGAAAUUUACCACUGCCAUGAGAAGAUAACCGACAACGAUAAGCUUAAAGAUAAGUCACAAUCAGGGGAAUUCAGAAGAGAAAGCACAAGAUAUCGUCUUCCAUACGACACAGGGGAGUCUAAAGACUGCGCUCAAACCAACAACCAAGCCCCUCACUCAAAAUCAUAAGAACCCAGCCAAAACAAACACUUUUCUGUUUUCAUUCAUUUCACAUUUAAUUUUUAAAGCUAGUUAUUUUUUGAACUGUACCAAUUUCUGAAAAUAAUCGCAAAUUAUUCGCACGAAUUUCACCUAAUGAUUCAAUCAAUCGACUUGAGUUGAAACGAUACAAAAGAGGAGGAGGGAGUGAAGAAGAAGGAGAAGACUUGUAAAUAAAUCAACUUCUUCGUUCUCUCAUUCUUCUCAUCUUAAUUUCGCCAACUGUCUUAUCGACAAACCGGCGACGAAAUGGCGCUCUCACUUAAGGUUUUCAUUGUGGAAAAGAGUGUAACGAAGACUCUUCAGUUUGAUCCGUCCACAACAAUUUUUGACGCUUGCAAAAUCAUCCGAGAUAAAUGUUCCGAGUUGCCGGAUCUUGGUCAACCGAAAGACUAUGGUCUUUUCCUUCCCGGCGAAUCGCUAGGAUCUGGUGCGUGGCUAGAACCGUCCAAAACGCUGGACUACUUUCUUCUUAGAAAUGGAGACAUGAUCGAGUAUAGGAGAAAGAUGCGACCACUUAAAGUACGAACGUUGGAUGGCACAAAUAAAACUAUGAUGAUUGACGACAGCCAAAAUGUUGCAAAUUUGAUGGUCGUGAUCUGCACAAAGAUGGGUAUUACGAAUCAUGACGAGUACAGUUUAGCUCGAGAACUGCCUGAGGAUAAUGAUCCGCUGAAUAAGUCAGAUAAUUAUGGAACACUUACGAUGCGAAGAAAGAGGGAGGAGAAGGAACGAGACGCUAAGAUGGAACAAUUAAGGAAAAAGCUGAAAACUGAUGACGAAAUGAAUUGGAUUGAUCACGGAAAAACUUUACGAGAACAGGGUGUCGAGGAAGCCGAAGUAUUACUACUUCGAAGGAAAUUCUUCUUUUCUGAUCAAAAUAUUGAUCAACAUGAUCCGGUGCAACUCAAUCUCUUGUACGUUCAAGCCAGGGAUGCAAUUUUGGAUGGUACUCAUCCUGUGACGCAAGACAAAGCUUGCGAGUUUGCCGGUGUCCAGUGCCAAAUUCAGUUUGGUGAUCACAAUCCACAGAAGCAUCGCGCUGGAUUUUUAGAGCCGAAAGAAUUUCUACCAUCUUCAUAUGUGAAAGUGAAAACCAUUGAAAAAAAGAUAUUUGCUGAACAUCGACGACAUAUGGGUCUUUCCGAAUUGGAUGCCAAAGCCUUAUACGCCAAAUCAGCAAGAGCACUUGACACUUAUGGCGUCACCUUCUUCUUGGUGAAAGAGAAAAUGCCAGGCAAGAACAAGUUGGUCCCCAGGCUGUUGGGCGUCACGAAGGACUCUGUUCUUCGUUUGGAUGAAAAGACAAAAGAAAUUCUAAAGACGUGGCCUUUGACAACUGUCCGCCGUUGGGCCGCAUCUCCAAAUACUUUCACCCUGGACUUUGGUGACUAUUCGGAUCAGUACUACAGUGUACAGACAACUGAAGGUGAACAAAUCGCUCAACUUAUUGCUGGGUACAUUGACAUCAUUCUUAAAAAGAAACAAGCCAAGGAUCACUUAGGGAUUGAGGGGGAUGAGGGGUCAGCUCUAUUUGAAGAUAAUGUGAGCCCAAUUCGUGCCACAAUUGUUCAACGUCAACCACCAGCAGUGCCAAGGCCUUUGGAUACGAGCAGUGUCGCUAAGCCUGCUGUAAUUCAAGCUGGAGCGGACGGCAUGAACUCGAUCCAUACCGGACACCUGCAACCUCCCCAUUACAGCACUCUUACUGGCCAAGUCCAUGAAACUCACAUUUCUGAAACAACGAUGCAACAACUCCAAAUGGCUGAACCAAUGACGGCCCACAAGCGGGCAUUGAUGAGCGGUCAUGAUGCGAUUGACAAAUCAAGAGACAUUCUCAAUCAGAGAUUCGACCUCCCACCCAUGGGUGAUGAUCCGCACACAAGGAAAUGGAAGGAGACCACGAUUGAUACGAAGAAAGCAAAUGUUCAAACACAAAUCGCUGCUAUGAAUGCAGCCACUGCUCAUGUUGUAACUCUUACAUCCACGGAUGAGGUAGACUCUGGGGCGAUGGGGGAGGCAGUCAGUGCCAUCUCCUCUGGAUUACCGGAAGUGGCGAAGGAUGCUCGGAUGUUAGCCGCGUUGAUGGGUGACGGAGGAGGUGACAAGUUGAUUGAUGCUACCAGGAAACUUUGCAAUGCAUUUUCAGACCUGCUCACAGCAGCCGAACCAGACACCAAAGAGCCACGACAGAGUCUACUAAGCGCUGCUGGACGAGUCGGGGAUGCCUCGAGAGCGUUGUUGAAUACAAUUGGGGAAGGAGACGAGACACAAGAUAUGCUCCUUGCUCUGGCUAAGGCUGUAGCAAAUACAUCCGCAGCUUUAGUAGUGAAAGCGAGGAAAUGUGCAGAAACCGUAGAUGACCCACAACAGAGAGAAGAAAUAAUUUCAUCCGCAGCCCAAACAGCUUUAGCUGCAUCAGAGUUGGUCGCCUGCGCCAAAGUGGUUGCCCCCACGAUUAACAAUGAAAAGUGUAGAAGCGAGCUUAUGACUGCUACAAGGAAGGUGGCACAAGCAGUGGAAGCUGUUUUGUCCUCGGUUGAUAAGUCUACUAAAAACCGGCCAUUGAAGGAUGAUCUCCAAGCGGCUGCGAGGGAAGUUUCCGAGUCACUUAAUCGAUUAAUGGAUCAUAUCAGACCACAAGCGCGCGUCUCUGUCCAAGAAUCGCGUCAAGAAGAAGCGGUAGACACAAUUCUCGUCGCUACUGAUAAAAUUAUCACUUCUCAUGACCCCAGUGACAUGGUUCGUCAAGCUCGAAUACUAGCCCAAGCAACUGCUCAGCUUAUUCAAGCAAUCAAAGGGGAGGCAGAAAAACAACCGGAUUCAGAUGUUCAGAAAAAGCUCAUCGCAGCAGCGAAAGUGCUGGCUGAGGCAACAUCACGUCUGGUCGAAGCGGCUAAGGCAUGUGCAUCAAUGCCAAACGAUCCUAAAAAUCAAGAACUACUAAAGAAAACCGCACAAGCCUUGAGGGAAGCGACCAAUGAUGCUGCAGGAGGUGCCGUUCAACGCAAGAACUUGAGAAGACUGGAAACCGCUGCAAAGAAUGCUGCAUCUGCUGCAGCUCAGACGAUCGCUGCCGCACAAUCUGCGUCUCCUCAUUGCAACAAUGCUACAACAAGAGAUGCAAUGUCUUCUGAUUGCCGUGCUGUUGCGGAUACAAUUCCUCAGUUGGUCAGCGCCGUAAAGUCUUCAUUACAAUCUGGAGAUGAAUCAUCGCAAAGCAAUCUUAUCGAUGCGACGGACAAAUUCGUGAGACCAUCAAAUUCCUUAGUGUCCACUACCAAGCAUGCUGUCACUUUUAUCGAAGACUCGUCAUCCCAACGACAUUUGACUCAAUGCUCAACCAAACUUGCCAUGGAACUUGUUGAACUCCGAACAUCCUUAGACCGCAUUAAAGCAGAUUCAGGUUUGCUAGGCCCAAGCGAGCCUCGGCGACAACUUGAAUCGGCUGCUGAAAAAGUUCAAGAAGUAAAAGCUGAACUUUUGGCUUGUCAGAAGGCAGCAUCAAGAAAUGAAUUAAGGCCACUUCCUGGAGAUACAAUGCAAAAUUCGAUCCAACGAUUGACGUCAAGUAUUCGCAAAGUUGGAAACUCUACUGAUCAACUAGUGAACUCUGUGUCAGCCUCUGAUGCCAAUGGUUCGUCACAAUCAGCCCAAAGUAUGUCAUCGGGUCUUACAGACCUGGUGUCUGCAUCCAGAGGAGUUGCUGCUGCGUCAAACGACUCGAGAAUUUUGAUAGCAACGGAAGAAGUCCUAGAACGAAGUUGGACGCUGCUUCGAGAAAGCUGUGGCUUAAUCAAUAGUGAUGAUUCCGCAUAUGAGAAGCAAGCUCAGAUGAAACCACUGGCCAAAGGUGUUCAUGAUGCUCUGGAUAGAGUCAGUGGAUCAAUUCCUGGCCAAAGGGAGGUAGAUGAUGCGAUCAUGACAAUUAACAAUGCUAGUCUGAUUCUGGAUGACGGUGUCUCCCACUUGAGAGGAAUUCCUGGAAGUAGGAAUUAUGGCCAACUUCAAACCGAACUACAACGUCUUGCAGCCGAAGUUGGAAACUCUGCGCUGGACGUUGUUGGGGCUACCAAAAAUCCUGCCAAAUUGGGGACAGAAUCGAGACAUUUUGGUGGAAAAACUACCGAGCUUAUAAACGCUGGCUCUCAGCUUGCUGCACUUCAUGAGGAUAUUCAAAUACGGGAUGAAAUCAUCAUCACGCUUAAAAGUGUGUCAAUUACUACUUCCAAUCUUCUUGUUCAGGCCAAGGCAGCUUCUGUUAAUCCUGAUGCUCCUGGUAUGAGGAAUCAACUUUCAUCCGCUGCCAGGGCUGUUAACGAAAGUCUAAAUCAGUUGAUUGACGCUUGCUCAUCCGCUGCACCGGGUCAAAAAGAAUGUGACAAUGCUGUCAGGAAAAUUCAAGCACUUAGACCACUUUUAGACAAUCCUUCAGAGCCAAUUAAUCGUUCAUCUUACUUUGACUGCCAACAAAUUGUAGUUGAUCAAUCAAAACUAUUGGGUGAUAGCAUGACGGGAAUAGCAAAUUUUGCCAAAGAAAGUCAGCUGGAUCAAUUUGGGGGGUCAGUUAAUGCCGCUGCUGACGCUAUUUGUGGGCUCAUUGAAAGUACUGCCCAAUCAGCUUAUUUACUUGCAGCGUCAGAACCUACGUCCGUUGCCGGAAGGCCUGGAAUGGUUGACAUGCACACCAUAAAUCAGUCGUCACAAAGUAUCAAGUCUGCCUGUCAAUCCCUCUCAAGCCCAAAAGUUACUCAACAACAAGUAUUAACGUCUGCAACGACCAUUGCGAAGCACACUUCAGCUUUAUGCACUUCAUGCCGGGUCGCAUCUGAACGGACGAACGAUUCCACAACAAAGCGACAGUUCGUUCAAAUGGCGAAAGACGUUGCGAAUGCGACAGCGGGCCUUGUUAAAGAAAUUAAAGCUUUGGACACUGACCAGUCCUCGGAGAAGAAAGAAACGUGCAAACGAGCUACCGACUCGCUAAUUAGAUCAGUCGAUACAUUGCGUUCAUAUGCUGGGCAACCUGAAUUUGCGGGUGUUCCUGCAAAAAUCAGUGUGAAGGGUCGCGUAAUUCAGGAACCAAUUGUAUCAUCUGGCCGAAGUGUUAUUGAAGGAUCAUGUAAUAUGCUAACAGCUGCAAAAUCGCUAGCCAUUAAUCCAAAAGAUCCUCCAACCUGGCACCAACUUGCCCAACAUAGCAAGCAAGUCUCCGAUUCAAUUAAACGGCUUGUAACUGCUUUAAGAGAGAAAGCACCUGGUCAAAAGGAAUGCGAAAUUGCGAUUCAGAAAUUGAACAAUGCCCUCCGUGAAGUUAAUCAAGCCUCGCUUGCUGCCGUAUCACAAAAUUUACCACAGAGAAAAGACAACACGUUGCAAGGUUUUGUUCAAAAUGCUGAAGGCUUAUUGCGAGGUGCUGAAGAACACGUCGAACCACUUCGUAUUUCGGGUAGAAGCGAAGCAGAGAAUUUAGGCCAUCAAGUCUCUUCCCUCACAUCAAUUAUCGACAAUUUGAUCGGAAAUAUCGUGGGUACAGCUUCCAACAUUAUUGAGACAAAAGAGCAAGUCAAUUUAUUGGAGAGGACGCGGACCGUUCUUGAAAGCUGUGUUCAAUAUAUUUGUGCCGCAAAAGAGUCUGGUGGAAAUUCUAAGGCCAUAAAUCUUCAUCCUGAGCUUGAUCUAAGUAGUCAGUGUUUCCAAGAAGGAUUAGACGAUCUCAAAUCAUCGUUAGAAAGAAUAUCCUCUGGGGCUGGUGGACUUUUGGCCUCCAUAACAGAAUCUAUUGCUGCUUCAAUGGUGAAACUAGACCAACAAGCUGCCCCAAGUAGUGCAACCGAAUCUUUCGUUGACUAUCAAUCCCGUAUGGUUAACUCUGCCAAAGAAAUUGCUCGUUUGUCUCAAGACAUGGUCACAAAGGCGACUAUCGAUCCCUCGAAACUGCCACAAUUAUCUCAAGAUCUAUCCCAUCAUUAUACACAGCUGGCAAACGACGCAAGGGGUGCAAUUACUACCACGAUUUCUCAAGAUGUCGGUGUUCGACUUCGAAUUGGUGUUCAAGAAUUGGGAAGAGCCUGCAUUGAUUUAGUUCGAUGUGGAAAUACAGCCCAAUUCUCUCAUGGCGAUACUUUCGCCCAACGUGAUUUGUCUGAUGCGAAUCGUGUUGUUUCUGAGAAAGUGUCUGACAUCUUGGCUGCACUUCAAGCAGGAUCUCGUGGUACUCAGGCCUGCAUCAAUGCGGCCUCCACCGUUUCUGGAAUAAUUGGAGAUCUAGAUACAACCAUCAUGUUUGCCACAGCUGGAACUUUGCAUGCAGAAGGAGAAGAAACGUUUGCAGAUCACAGAGAAAAUAUUCUGAAAACUGCCAAAGCCCUCGUGGAAGACACCAAAACACUUGUAGCAGGAGCCGCAUCCACCCAGGAACAACUGGCGUCCGCUGCCCAAAAUGCUGUCGCCACAAUUGUCCAACUAGCCGAAGCAGUCAAAUUCGGUGCAGCCAGCUUAGGAUCCAACAACCCAGAAGCACAGGUGAUGUUAAUAAAUGCAGUUCGGGAUGUUGCUGGAGCCCUGUAUGAUCUUAUCCAUUCGACUAAGUCUGCUGCUGGCAAAGGGACAAAUGAUCCUUCCAUGUUGGCUUCCAAGACUCCCGCGUAUGGACCGAUGGAAAAUUUAAAGGAAUCUGCAAAGAUUAUGGUGACCAAUGUUACGUCGUUGCUGAAGACGGUGAAAGCAGUGGAGGAUGAACACACGAGGGGAACGAGAGCAUUGGAAGCAACUAUCGAAGCGAUCGCUCAAGAAGUCAGGGCAUUUGAUUCGCCCGAUAUUCCUAAAGGACGAACAAUUGCCCCCGAAGACCUUAUCCGCGUGACAAAGCCUGUUACUCAAGCCACAGCAAAAGCCGUCGCAGCUGGAAGCAGUUGUCGACAAGAUGAUGUCAUUGUUGCAGCCAACAUGGGACGUAAAGCAAUUUCCGACUUACUAACGACCACCAAGGCUGGCGCCUAUGGCGUGGAGGGUGAAAUGAGGGAGCGACUCUUAAUUGCUGGACGACAGUUGGCCAUCAACUACAGGGAAUUGUUGCAAUUCGUGUUGCACGCUAUUAACCAUCCUGGUGCAGACGUGAAAUCGCAACUAACCAAUUGUUCCAGAGAAAUUGCUCAAGCAGUUACAGAGUUGGUCGCUGUUGCUCAAUUAAUGAAAGUUGUACGUAACCAGCUCAGCUCAAAUCCAUUGCUUGGUCACACAAUUCGAUCCUCGACACGAGUGACGGCAGAAGGAAGUGAAUACGAAGACCCUGAUGAUCCCACAGUCAUUGCUGAGAACGAGCUAUUGGGUGCUGCGAAUUCUAUCGAUGCUGCGGCGAAAAAAUUGGAGAAAUUGCGACCAAGGCGCUCAAUCAAGGAAGCAGAUGAAAGUCUGAACUUUGACGAAAUGAUCUUGGAAGCGGCAAAAUCCAUUGCGGCCGCUACGAGUGCAUUGGUCAAGGCAGCAUCUGCAGCACAACGUGAACUAGUCGAUACCGGAAGAGUUAGCAGAAAGGCUGCAAGUGAUUCGGAUGAUGGACAAUGGUCGGAAGGUCUUGUAUCUGCAGCCCAAUUAGUAGCAGCGGCAACUCAUAGUCUUGUGGAAGCUGCAAAUUCACUCGUCCAAGGGCAUGCAACGGAAGAAAAACUGAUUUCUGCUGCCAAACAAGUUGCGUCUUCUACAGCUCAAUUAUUGGUUGCCUGUAAAGUCAAAUCUGCGCCAGAUAGUGAUGCUACAAGGAGGCUGAAUGCUGCGGGCCAUGCUGUAAAACGAGCCACCGAGAAUUUAGUCAAAGCGGGUCAACAAGCCUUGGCACAGGAAGAAGAACGACAAUUGGUUCUUAACAAGAAAAUGGUUGGUGGGAUUGCACAAGAAAUUGACGCCAGGUCGGAAGUUCUAAAAAUUGAGAGACAGCUCCAAGAAGCACGAUCUAAGCUAGCAGCAAUUCGAAGAGCCAAGUAUCAUGAAAAGACUGGAGGAAUGUCAGGAUACACUGACGAAUCGGAUGUUGAUUUCGAAGGGCCAGAAAAUUCUAGAUUGGAUUCUUUACUGGAAUCUUCUGCCGAACGAAUUCAAAGCGCAACGACCUCAUUUAAUCUUAUGCGACAACAGCAGCAACCACAGUCCUCGUUUGGAAGCUACCCAACAACCUCAACACCACUUAAACCAGCAAUUUCACCCAAGCCUGGAACUAUAGAUCGAGAUAGGAAAUUCAACAAUUCAUCUCCAUCAUACAGCACAAUUUCCGAAAGUUCGAUAGGAGGAGGAUAUCAGAGUUUUCAGCAGCAACAACAAACCCCUCCACCUCCACCUCGAAACUUUCAACAAGCCGUUUCCAUCCAUCCUCCAUCCACAUUUAAGCCACAAAAUGGUACUUCUCAACAGCAGUCAACUUUUACUACCAGCCUAAACCAACCACCAACAGAAGAUUUAUAUGCCCGUCCACGCCAUCCAGACCAAUAUUAUUCAGUUUCUACUCCUCCUCCAACCACUCCUAAAAGCACAUUCAUGAAAAAACCAUCAGAGUUUUAUGCUGACGCACAGCAACCCAAACCGUUGAUAGCGCCCACGCCAUUUGUACCUCCAAAAGGAGGCACUCAAGUAAUGCCUGCAACGUUUGGUAAAACCUUUGGGAAAGAAUCGAGUGGAGAUUUUAGUGAAGAAUUCAGUCAUUAUGAUUCUGGUCCUCUGCAAUCCGAGCAAGUAUUUGAGACCAGGGGUGCCGAUGGAAGUGUGUCGUUGCAAAGAAUUUUCAAGCAAGAACAAUCAUCCUCCUCAUCCAGUCGAGUCACAAGCUCGCGUAGAGUUUUUCAACAACAACAAGAGAACAACUCUUCGACAUAAUUUAAACCUAACAACUUAAUUCCUAUAUUUAUUAUUUAUUAAAGUUCUUGACGGUAGUAUUAAGGUUUGGUAAAAAACAAGUAAAGUAUUACAUUCUAUUUAUACAUGUAGAUUAUCCCAGUGUCUUCCGGAAAAGUAACAAGUGACCAUCGUCCAAACUACAUACUUUCAAGCACAAGCAGAGUAUUAAAUAUUAUUAACUACUUACCUUUAAUUGGGUAUGCCUUUUCGAAAGCCUUCGGUGUACAAAAAAAGAAGAUUGAAUGCUAACUUUUUACUACAGUAUGUAAACUACCUACUUAUUCUUAUGAUUUAACUGAUUUCCUUCUCUUCCAAGUGAUGACAACAAAGGAAAAUUAAUCUAUUCGAAUUAUAAUGCUGUGAGUGAAUGUAACAAGCAUGUUGACGCAUGCAAUUCAAUUGUAUAAACAGUAUGUAUGUAUAACCAGAGACUACUACUUAACAUUUCUCUCUGUCAAUGACUAUUCUAUUCUAACCUUUUUCGAAGGGAAGAAGAACAACAACCAAGAAUACUUUACGAAAUAUUUAUUAGUGUUAGGAAAUACAAUAGCCAACUUAUAGUAUUUAAACCAGUGUCUAGCAGUUCGAUAUUUGCAAGAUGAACACGUAUAUUAAUAUGCAGUAAAGUAAUGUUCCAAUUUAUCUACUUAUUGUAAUUAAACUAUACACAUAGAUAUAUAUAUGUAUAGUUUAGUUAGGUUAUUUUAAUUUUGAAUCUCCCAACGCACAUGGGAAAAUUCAAUUUGUGCCAUAAAUAUAGCCAUAUCAGCCUGUCCAGAUAACGAAAUGACCAAAAAUGGAUCAAAGUCUAAACACCUUUUAAAAAGCAUGACCCUUGCAAACCUAAUGUAUUUAUUUGUUUUUUACAACUGUAAUUUUAAUUUGUAUUUUAGAACCCACAUUUUAACUCUGGAUGUUGCAUGCCUCUAAUAGAACGGACUACAUAAAUUGGCUAUAUACUAACUAAUCAUUUUUAUAUAGAUUAUUAUAUAUAGAUAUGAAUAAUAUUAAGAAACUGAACGUUUUAUUAUUACUGUCUUGUACAAAUAACUAUAAUGAACUAUAAAGUUAACUGUAUUAUUACGAUAAUAUAUUUACGAUAAGGUGCUUGAUUUAUAAAGUGCAAUUGAAAUAAUCGGUAACAAGAAACAACCCACAGAACAAACGAGAUUACAUCGAGAUGAAAUACUUUUAUGCAAAGAAAUUAAAUGACAAAAAGGAAAACGAAACGUUAUAAAUAUUUACAUGCAGUGCUUACUUAUACUGAAUUGGUAUUUAACAAUACAAUUCAGAAACCAAAACUAACUAACCAUGCAGAGUGUAAAAUUGUAAUGUUGUGCCUAAAAAAUGGGGGAGACCACCCAUCGAUAUACUGAUUAUUAAUUAUUAUUACGAGUAUUGUUGAAGAAAGCGAUUGUUAUAAAAGUAUUUAAACUCAUUUAUUGACAACCAUGUAAUUAAUAUUAUUUGAAAACUUGAACUGUUGAUAAACUGUUAACCAAUCCCGGCCAUAAUGCAGAGUAACGUAAAAUGUAUACCUUUAUUUAAUUUUACUAGAUUUUAGUUUUAAUUACUUAGUGAAUGAAACGAUGAUAAAAUUUAGUAAACUUAAGUUAUUAAUUUAUUUGAGCAAAUUAUAAAAAUAUACAAAGAGAUUUGACUUUAAAUAAAGAUUGCUUUAUUAAACG